CAUUGUUUCUCUUUGCGCGCCCUCUGCUCCAAGGCCUUUCAGCAGCCCGAAUUCCUUGCUGAUUGACAUUCUCCCUUCAAACAAUCUCUCCCUCCUUGUAAACUACCCCGUCUCCCCGUGUUCCAGGUGUGGAGAUCUCCUGAUCCGCCGGCAGACCGUCUCUCCGCGCCUCUCCGCGCCCCUCCCCCCUCGUCCACACCCAACCCGGUCUACGAGAUGGCCGCUCCAAUGGCUGGCGCCGAGGACCAGAACCGCCUGCUCGAAGAGGCACUGGGGGUCGUGCGACAACAGUCGGUGAUGAUGCGAAAAUGUCUCGAGACGCCAGGGAAAUUAAUGGAUGCGCUCAAGUGCGGGUCGACAUUGGUCUCCGAGCUGCGCACGCCCAGCUUGGGCCCGAAGCAAUAUUACGAAUUGUACAUGGCGGUGUUUGAUGCGCUGCGACAUCUCUCCGUCUACCUCAAAGAGAACCACCCGGUCAACCAUCUGGCGGACCUGUAUGAGCUCGUCCAGUAUGCCGGAAACAUCGUGCCUCGACUGUACUUGAUGAUCACGGUGGGCACGGUCUAUAUGUCCGUCGAGGAUGCCCCCGUCAAGGAGAUUAUGAAGGAUAUGAUGGAGAUGAGCCGUGGCGUGCAACACCCAAUCCGCGGCCUGUUCUUACGAUACUACCUCUCCGGACAGGCAAGAGAUUACCUGCCUACGGGGACGGGCGAUGGACCGGAAGGCAACCUGCAGGAUUCGAUCAACUUCGUUCUGACCAAUUUCGUGGAAAUGAACAAGCUCUGGGUCCGGCUGCAGCACCAGGGUCCGUCGCGGGAACGGGAACGCAGAAUGCAGGAGAGACGCGAGCUGGAGCUACUCGUCGGCAGCAACGUCGUCCGCCUCAGCCAAUUGGUCGAUCUGGAGGCGUAUAAGUCGGGCAUCCUGCAGGCCUUGUUGGAGCAGGUGGUGCAGUGUCGCGAUAUUCUGGCACAGGAAUACCUUCUGGAAGUCAUCACCAAGGUCUUCCCGGAUGAGUUCCACCUUCAUACCCUGGACCUGUUGCUCUCUGCGAUCGCGCGCCUCAACCCUUAUGUGGACCUGAAGAAGAUCGUGAUCGGGCUCAUGGAUCGCCUGUCGUCGUAUGCUGCGCGAGAUACCGAGGCGACACUUGAUCCAGACACGAAAAGGCAGAAUGAAGAUGAAGCCGUCUCCAAGUUACUCCAGGAUCUGGAAAUCUCUAACAAGGCCUCGCCCAAGCCUGAGGCUCCCCGUGAGGGUGAAGCGGGUGCCACCCAGGAAAAUGGUGUAGAGGAACAGGCAAAAGACAGCGAAGAGCGUCCUCAUGAGCCGAACACCGAACAGGCACCGAACGGGAGCGCCCCGGGAACCAAGCCCGGCAUCCCCUCCGAUGUCAAAUUAUACGACAUCUUCUACGAGCAGGUCGUCAAUCUGAUCAAGACCCGCGGGCUGCCAAUCCAGGAUAUCAUGGCGCUACUCGUCUCUCUUGUCAACCUUGCAUUGAACAUUUACCCUCAAAAGUUAGAAUAUGUGGACCAAAUCCUCGACUUCGCCUCGCAGAAGACUGCCGAGUACACCGACCAUGCCGAUCUCCAUUCCGCUCCUGCUCAACAAAACCUUCUUCAUCUGCUCGUUGCGCCUCUGCGAUCCUAUGUUUCGAUCUUCACGGCCCUCGCCUUGCCGCAUUAUAUCCCCUUGCUCAGCACGCAGUCCUACCCCACGCGACGAUCCGUCGCCGGCGAGGUGAUCCGUAGCAUUCUCAAGAACAGGACCCAGAUCGCCACUGCCGAGCACCUGGAUCGUGUCUUGCUCACGGUCAAGGUCCUGAUCAAGGAAGGCGUGCAACAGGCCGUCGGCUACCCCGGGCUGCAGUCCCAGCGGAGAGGGGGAGAAACUGACGAGACGAUCGAAGAGCAGGGGUGGCUUGCGCGAUUGGUUCAUCUAAUUCGAGGGACCGACAAUGACACGCAACUCAAGCUACUGCAAGCAACGCGAAAGGCUUACGCGGAGGGCAACGAACGAAUCCGCUAUACCACGCCAGCCAUCAUCACGGCGUCUCUCCAGUUGGCCCGCCGGUUGAAGUCUCGCGAGCACUACGAGGAUAACUGGCAGGCCCAGUCAUCGGCGCUCUACCGCUUCAUGCACCAGUGCGUCAGCAACCUGUACCAACGGGUGAACCCCGGGUGCGCCGAUCUGGCCCUGCGUCUCUUCGUCAUGUGCGGCGAGGUCGCCGACCAGACGGGCUUCGAGGAGUUCAGCUACGAGUUCUUUGCACAGGCAUUCACCAUCUACGAGGACGCGAUUAGCGACUCGCGCGCCCAGUUCCAGGCCGUCUGCAUCAUUGCCGGCGCCCUACACGGCACGCGCGGCUUCUCCAAGGAGAACUACGACACCCUCAUCACCAAGGCCGCCCUGCACGGAAGCAAACUGCUCAAGAAACCCGACCAGUGCCGUGCUGUGUACCUGGCAAGCCAUCUGUGGUGGGUGAUCGAGAACCCGCACCGGGGGGAAGAAGACGCGAAAAAUCUUUACCGCGACGGCAAACGCGUACUAGAAUGCCUGCAGCGUGCUCUCCGCGUGGCGGAUGCGUGCAUGGACACGGCGGUGUCGGUGGAGCUGUUUGUCGAGAUCCUGAACCGCUACGUCUACUACUUUGACCAGCAGAACGAGACGGUGACGACCAAGUAUCUCAACGGCCUGAUCGAGCUGAUCCAUUCGAACCUGCAGACAAACCAGGACGAGCCGAACCCAAGCCUGGAGAACCCUAAGCGCCAUUUCCAGCGCACACUCGAGUAUAUCCGCUCGAGGGAAUAUGAAGGGGUUGUCACUGAUCCGAGGCAGUAACGCUUUUUUUUUUCCCCCCUCCUCUCUUAGCUUUGCUUUUUGUCUUCCUUGACUGCCUAUACUAUGUUUUCCUUUUUUGAUUGAAUGUACAAGAGAGUUUUCUUUAUUAUACAAAGUUCACAUAAAAAAUAAUCUUGUAGACACUGUGUAGUUAGUACUUAUAUAGGAAACUGGUACUGUGA